AUGGCGGACGCUGACGCCGCGCCGCCAACGCCGCCUCCGGAGGUAGUAGCCCCCGAGGAGCAUCCCGCGGCCGCCGAUUCCGCCGUCGCUGCACUGCAGGAGGAGGCCGCGACGGCCGAAGUCGAUAAGAAGCGGAAGCUGGAGGAGGUCAGCGCCGACGCGGAGGCGAAUGGCACCGGCGAGGAUGCCAAGCGCCCGCGUGUGGACGGCGAGCCCGACGCCUCCACAGGGGUUGAGCAACAGAACGAUGGGUCCUCCGUGAAUGUGGAGGAGCCCGCAGCUGCGGAGGAUAAGGUUGCUCCGACCGAUGUCGCAGCGAUGGAUGGUGAUAAUGGCACGGCCGCUCCUGCUCCGGAUUCGCAGGCGGGUUCUGAUGAGAAGCCGCUUGAAGCAGCAGCUGAAGCUCACAGCAGGAAGGUGAUGCAGAAGCUGCUGCACAGGAGAUUUCUCACAAUCAGGAACUUGCAAAGGAGUUCGGGUGCAGAGAUGCAAAUCACUAAUUUCGCCGAUGUGGACUCAAAUGCCCUGACUCUAUCGGUUGAACUAGUUGGAAAACUUGGAAGCGUGGAUAAAGCUGAGCAGCUUAUUAAGAGUGUCAUAGCUGAGGCUGAGGCUGGUGGUUCCCUGGCCUUAAUAGCUAGAGGAUUUGGAAGUGGACAGCCUGGUUCAGAGCAAUUUGAGAUGACAGUUCCUAAUAACAAGGUCCGUCUCAUUAUCGGAAAAGGGGGUGAGACAAUUAAAGGCAUGCAGAUCAAAUCUGGUGCUCGUAUUCAGUUAAUACCCCAACAUCCUCUAGAGGGUGUUACAUUGACUGAAAGAAUUGUACGUGUUACUGGGAAUAAGAAGCAGAUUGAAGUUACAAAGGAUUUGAUCAAGCAAGCUAUGAAUCAGACAUUUUCAAAGCAUACAAACCAGUCUGGCGGAUAUGGUCCACAAGGUUACCGCCCUCAGGGUCAUGGUGCAGGUUCUCAGUGGUGA